ACGGGAUAAAAUGAGAAACGUUGCAGCAACGCUGUUUGUUAUUCUCACUGUCUUCAAAAUAAGUUUUUAAGAAUAAUUCGUGAUAAAAUGAACGGAACUUGAUAAUGUGUAAACUGGAACUCGAUUUUGUUCGAUUGGUACACUAUUCCUUGCUUCCUGGUAAUACGAUUACAAAAAUCACCUCUUUUGUAUAAAAAAUUAUUGCGACGUGACGGUUUUGUUUGGAUCAGGUGUGCUUCAUAUCUUGAUAUCAAUCCAAAAACUGAUCAUUUCAUAGCUUUUGGCUGUUUUCUGUUAACUACUCCAGAGUAACACCAACUACCAUUUCUGCGAGACACCGUUUUAUCUUCAAGGCACACUAGAUUUUGUUAUGGAAAGAAUUGCCAAUUCGUGUGUCGAAGUAUUAGUGAGAAAGAACAUGGGCUGCUAAAUGUUUUGUAUCGACGGUGCUUUGCUCGCGUAUGCCAGGUCUGACUCAAACCCAGCGUCAGAUAUGCACUGAAUCAUCAGAUGCGGUUGUAUCUCUAGCAUCCGGUCAGUGGAUAGGAGCAAAUGAAUGCCAAAAACAGUUCCAUGGUCAUCGUUGGAAUUGUACUCACGUAUGGAAUACUGAUAUGUUCGGGCAGAUAGUAGUGAUAGGUUCUAGAGAGGCUGCAUAUACUUAUGCUAUAACUAGCGCCGGUGCUGUAUAUUCAAUUACGACUGCCUGCGCUAAAGGAAACAUUACAACAUGUGGUUGUGAUAUGAACCAGAAAAUUUUCUCUUCUAGUGAGUCUGAAAACUGGAAAUGGGGAGGCUGUUCUGUGGACAUUGGCUACGGUAUGCGGUUUGCAAAAAAGUUUCUCGAUGCCCGUGAAAUCGAAAACGAUAACCGGAGCCUAAUGAACAUGCACAAUAACCGUGUAGGAAGAAAGCUAGUAAAGUUACUGCUACGAACAGAAUGUAAGUGCCACGGCGUAAGUGGUUCCUGCGCGAUGAAAACUUGCUGGAAAAGUUUGCCUUCGUUUAAUGUUAUUGGCGAUGCCAUGAUGAAGAAAUAUCGCAAAGCCAAACUUGUUCACGGUAUUAACAUUAGAAAUAAUCAACCGCAACUUGUGUUGAAACGAAAAGUGAACAAACCGCUGCUCAAAAAUGGGAAGACACUGGGUGACAGUCAAAUUCCAAAGAGAACUGAAUUGGUUUAUCUGGAGCCUUCGCCUAACUAUUGCGAGCGUAAUAUCAGUAUUGGAGUGCUCGGUACAGCCAAUCGAAAUUGCAACCGCACUUCGCAAUCCAUAGAUCAUUGUGAUCUACUGUGCUGUGGACGAGGCUACAACACCCAUCAGAUCGAACGAACCUGGCAGUGUAAUUGUAAGUUUAAAUGGUGCUGCACGGUUACAUGCGAUGUAUGUUCAGAGCGAAAGGAAGCAUACACUUGUAAAUAAAAUAUGAUCAUAAUGUUCACUAAAUAAAUUCACUGUCUAUCGAUAGA